AUGCCCAGAAUCCCAGAUAAUUAUUAUGUGCAGUGGUUCUUUGAAACGGAGAGCGAACCUGGGAUUGCUGACAAUAAUUAUUUAGGUAGAAAUUCUGUAUCUAAUUCAGAUAUCUGGAAAGGCAAGUUGUCUGCAAAUAAAGGGAAACUGACCAUCUCUAACAUCGAACAGGAAAACAUAGGGACAUUUAUCUGUAAAGUUAAAAAUGCUUUAAAUUACCAAGAAACAAGAACAUUUAAGCUGAUUAAAGUUGAUGUGAGCAUGAAAGGAGAUUCACCAGUGACACCUGGAGAUACUUUAUCUCUGAGCUGCAAAGUUGAAGGUCAAACCCAAACCCAGACUUACUGGAUAAAACCAUCAGGCAUAGAAACAAAAACAGGAGAAUUUAAUGAGAAAGCCGAAAGCCAACACAACGGAGAGUGGACAUGUGUCGUAAAAGAAGUUCGCAGUUUCAAAUUUUCUGUUUCUGUUGUAGAUAUCUUCUUCUCUGUUUUAGAUUUCUCUUUUGAAUCCAAACAUCUCUACACUUCUACAAACCUCCCCCUUACAGUGUCUAUUUUGAUUACUCCCAAUAAGUUUUUGAAACAAAUACUGAGUAAAAUCAAGGAAAUCCAAUGGGUUUUCAUCCCUAAAAAGGAUGGCAAUAAAACUGUCUUGUUGACCUUGAAGAAUGGACCGUGGGCACAAAAGGGACCGCAAAAAGGACUGAUUUUUAAGAACUUCACAAAGGAAGGAAAUGUUUCCUUGUACAGAAAUCCGGCAAAAGAAGAAGACAGAGGGAGCUACAACUGUUCAAUAACAUUUACAAAUGGCAUUGUUCUCACCAGGACUGUGUUUGUAGAGGUGCUGAAAAUCAUCCCCUCCCCAGGAAAAAAGCUAAUUUCAGGUAAUCACCUAAACCUCUCCUGUUCCACUGGUGGAACCCUGGAUGCCGACAUUAAGGUGCAGUGGUUCCCUCCAAAGACAUCCUCCCAGGGGAAAGCCAAGCUUUCAUCUGACCCUCUGUAUACCAUACCAAGAGUGGGCACAACGGACUCUGGAGAGUGGAGGUGUGAGCUGCAGAAGAACGCCACGACACUGACGUCAGCUGUGAUAAUACUGGAGAUCGAUCCCAUCCUGACUGCAUGGAUGGUGGUGACCAUAUGCGGCGCUGCAGUCAUCCUGAUCCUCCUCCUUAUAGUUUCUGUCACCCUUUUCCGGCGCAGACAGAGGAAGAUCAGAAAUUUCAGGCAUCGACUCUGCAAGUGCGAAAACCCCAAACCAAAGGGAUUCUUCAAGGCCUAAUAAUCAGGACUUUCAUGAUAAGACCCCAGGGCACCAUGCAAACAAAUACAUGUCUGUCCCAGAUGGACCCUUACAUUUAUCGACUGUUCUGGAUGAGUUUGGAAGAGAAGGAAACAUUAAGAGGUUGUAAAAAUAAAAAUAUAAGAUAAACAAAUUUUAAAGCUGUAUAUAUAUAAACCAUUUUUCCCCAUUUUGUAAAUUUGGAAAUAUUUUUUAAUCAACUUUUCCAAACAAUGAUUUGAAAUACAUAUAUUUUUUGUGCAGAUCUUUUAACUGAUUUUGUUUCAUCCAGAGGUGACCUGUUAUUAAUUUGGCCAACUGUGUUCAUUAUGUUACUUAUUUUGCUAACAAGGAUCAGAGCCUCAGUUGAAGGGAAAAUAGCACAAUUUCAGAUCUUUAAUUAAUAAAAUACAUUAAAAUUAACAAAUACAAAAAAUCUAACUAUAUUGAUGAGGAUAACUCACAGCUGGUUUAUAGAUGAAGAUAAAAAUCCAUUAAUUGAAUGUCAUAUGUUUAUGGGGUGCUAAAAAUGUAGGAGAAGCUUGUUUUGAAAUGGAAACAGACCAGGAGUUUUUAACCACCAUUUCUAAAUGAGUUUGGACAACCUUUAUAAAUGUAGAUAGAAUAAGUUCCUCCGGAAACGCACUCAAACUCUUUUCUUCAUAAAAAAAAAAAGAAGCAGAGACUGUAUAUAAAUGAAAUAAUAACAUACGGACUGCAUCCAAAAAGAAAAAACAGAAUUGAUGCUGGUUUUUGAGGAUCACAUUUAAUUUUUAAAUAACCUUUGUAUGUGCACUGUUUUAUGGGUAUUUUAAAAUGAUUUUAGGCAAAUCUGAUUUUAAUCCUUCUUUCUACUGAAGAGCAUUUUGAUCCCUAAAAGUUUUGUAGUUUAGUGACUCCUGAAAUUUCUUGUAAAAAGGUUGUCUUUGUUUUUCUGUAAUGAUUAACUGCUCUUAGCCUUUCCCAGAUCAUUUAUUGUUUUUGGAUCUUCCCUUCUACUAGCACUGUACUGAUAAUGAUUCUGUAUUUUGUGUUUCUAAUGUUUCAAAUUUUAGUUGACUUAGUGUUAAAAAGCAUGUUGUUUAUAUCCUCUCACAGUCAGAAGUCUGAACUUACUUUGUAAUAUAUUUGUAAUAUUGUGAAUUUUAUCUAUGCUAACAUUGUGCUUGUGAGAUUUUUUGUUGUUUUGUUCAGUGUCUUGUUGGUUCAGCUAUAUUUCCACUGAUAUCUAAUUGUCUUUUCUUUAUUUAGUUAUUCAUUUAAAAAAAAAUACUGAACAUAUUUUAUUUCUUCACACAAGGUGAUACUUUAUUUCUUAAAAAUAGAAACAGGAUAGUUUGGACAGAAUAAAGAUGUUGAUUAAAAGCUGAAGACAAACUGUAAUAUUGCAAAUGUAUAUUAAAGCUUUUCAAUAAAGGAUCAGUCACA